GCAGAGUAAGAGCUUUUUUUUUUGUGUGGCUAGUGGCAUCAAUGGAGCUCUCAAUCUCUCAACCACCUUCUCUUCGGUUCUCGUCUGUAUCACCUCGUUUCUUAGCAGCUUCUCAUCAUCACCAUCGGCCUUCUGUGCAUUUAGCUGGGAAGCUUCUAAGCCGGUCCCAAGAUGUUGGCUUCACGAGCUUAUCAAGUUCAUGUAUGCGGUCCAAAUUUGUUUCAACUAACUACAGAAAAAUCUCGAUCAGGGCAUGUUCUCAGGUAGGUGCUGCUGGUUCCGAUCCAGUUCUUGAUAGAAUCGCGCGUUUCCAGAACGCUUGCUGGAGAUUUCUUAGGCCGCAUACCAUCCGUGGAACGGCUUUAGGAUCCACUGCCUUGGUAGCAAGAGCUUUGAUAGAGAACAGUCAUCUGAUUAAAUGGAGCCUGGUACUCAAGGCGCUCUCAGGUCUUCUUGCGCUUAUAUGUGGAAACGGUUAUAUAGUUGGCAUCAAUCAGAUCUACGACAUUGGUAUUGACAAAGUGAACAAGCCGUACUUGCCAAUAGCAGCAGGAGAUCUCUCAGUGCAGUCGGCUUGGCUGUUGGUGAUAUUUUUCGCUGUUGCAGGGCUAACGGUUGUUGGAUUCAACUUUGGUCCGUUCAUUACAUGCCUAUACUCUCUUGGUCUUUUUCUGGGGACCAUCUAUUCUGUUCCACCAUUUAGAAUGAAGAGAUUUCCAGUUGCAGCGUUUCUUAUUAUUGCCACGGUACGAGGUUUCCUUCUUAAUUUUGGUGUGUAUCAUGCUACUAGAGCUGCCCUUGGACUUUCGUUUCAGUGGAGUGCACCUGUGGCUUUCAUAACGUCAUUUGUGACAUUGUUUGCACUGGUCAUUGCUAUCACAAAAGAUCUUCCUGAUGUUGAAGGAGAUCGCAAGUUCCAAAUAUCAACUCUAGCAACAAAGCUUGGAGUGAGGAACAUUGCAUUCCUCGGUUCCGGACUUCUGCUAGUUAACUAUAUUUCUGCCGUAUCACUAGCUUUCUACAUGCCUCAGGUUUUUAGAGGUAGCUUGAUGAUUCCUGCACAUAUGAUCUUGGCUUCAUGCUUGAUUUUCCAGACAUGGGUGCUAGAAAAAGCAAACUACACAAAGGAAGCUAUUGCAGGAUAUUACCGAUUUAUAUGGAAUCUCUUCUAUGCAGAGUACCUGUUAUUCCCCUUCUUCUAGCUUUCAUGGUGAUCAUUUGCAGUUUUCUUUGUAUACCUCUGUUCUUCUUCUUCUUUGUAGCUUGGAGGCAAAAUCACUUUUUUGUACAUGUGCAUACUAAGGAUUAGUCCUUUUGAAUUUUUGAUGUCUUUUGCAAGAAUAAUCAUUGAACCAA